UAUAUAGCCCAUAAUAAUAUUGUAUCAAAAUAAUAGGGUUUUUCAAAUAUUUGAGACAUGUGCUUUUGUUUUUGCUUUAAAGGAAAAUGAAAAUGUAAUUUUGUUUUUAGCAUUAAAAUAUAACCCUUCUUCUCCUUACACCUGUGACUGUUUGCUUCUCAAAAUUUCUUACAUUCACCGGAAUUCAUGGCUUCCUCCUUGCUCCGCCGCACAACCUCCCUCCUCCGCUUCCGUCCACCGCCUCUCUCUGCAUAUCGUCUCCACAGCACCCGUCAGCACUCGGUGAACAACACGAGGUCGUUUUGUUCUCCGGCGGAUAACCCGGUGCCAAAUAUGCCAUUUGAUCUAUCAUAUCUAAGAACUCAAAUGGAAAUCAUGUCCGGAGUCCCUUCAAUAUCAUUCACUAUGGCCAAAGGUGAAGAGCUGACCGUAAAUGUGCCCGGACUGGUGAAGAUGCUGACCGAUGAAGGCCCGUGCGUGUUGUUACAUACGCCUGCUGUACAAAAGGGGGAUAUUCACUUAUUCAGACAGUUGGCUUUGCGACAGCUGUUGCAGACGACAAUUUGCUAAUUCAUGUCAAAACAGAUGAAGAAAUCUACCUGGGUGGCAUGAAGUUACCAGAGAAUUUCGAUAAAAAACGGUUGUUAUAAGGCAGUGUUUGCUGGUGAAAUGUUGAAGCUAACCCUUAACACUAACAUCAUGCCUGAUUUUGUCGACACCGCGGUUAAGAUCACGCGUCCUACGCCUUAUUGUGUUAUGUUUGAUAGAUUGGAUCUAGGACGGAGGCUUUGCGGAUUGAUAGGUCACCCGAGGGUGAAGAGUAAGUCGUUCACGUUGUAUAAGAAGGACACUUGUGAAAGUAUAUACAUGAAGAGGAAUUUGCCUGGAGUGGAGAGACUGGUGAUAACUAGGGAAGGUUCGUGUGUGUUCUUAAACAUGCCUGGACUUGAGUUAGAGGAUGUUUACUCGGGGUUUGAGUACGACGCUCUGGUCAUUGAGGGAAAAAGAGAAAACGAGCACUAUAUUGCGGGAAUACGUGUGCCAGAGGGAUUUCAUAGGGAGCAUCAUAUGAUUAAGAGGGAGAUGCGGGAUGGAGUGUUUAAGCCUUAAGGCAACUCUUCCCCAUGUUGAUGUUAAGAGGCGCGUGUUCAGUGUAUAUCGCUAGAUAAUUAACGGUUAUGUUUGUUAGCUAGAUAUAUAUACUUACUGGUGUCCUAUUUUAAUACUAAAAACAUCCCCACUUCUAUUUUUUAUAGAGUAGUAUUUGGCUU